AUGAGUUCCGAAAACAUGGAUAUCGAGGACGAGGACGACUUCUAUGCGCCCGAAGAGCCCAAGACCACAACGACGACCGCGGAGAAGACAGCCACGGAGAAGAAACUCGCGAACAACGACCUUGAGGAAGGCGAGGAGGAGGACGAGGGUGCUGCCAUGGACGAGGACUCCGACUCUGACGAUUCUGACGUUGAUAUCAUCACGGACCGUAAAGACGGCUCGACACCUGCCGCAGCAGCGACUCCAGCUGCCAAAUAUUCUGACAUACGAAACAUCCCCCAGCGAUCGACAACCACAGGCGAGGCAUCGAAACCAAAAGAAGAGAAAAAGACGUCUGCGCCAAGCGCAGACCAGUCUUCCGCAGCAGCAUCCAAGUCUACUGUGGACAUCAAUGCCGAUCCCAUCUACCCUCUACCCUCAGGCGAAGGCAAGCCAAUCACGCAAGUCACCAUUGACACCGAUCUGCCCGACAACGACAAACCUUGGCGCCGACCGGGCACGGAUAUAUCAGACUACUUUAACUACGGAUUCGACGAGUUCACAUGGGCGCUGUAUGCGGCGAAGCAGGAAUCGCUACGGGCCGAGUACGGCCAAGACGGCGGGAACAAGAUGAUGGACAUGAUGAUGGGAGGCGGGGGGAUGCCUGGUAUGGACGGCAUGCCGGACAUGGCAGCCAUGCAGCAGAUGAUGGCCGCGCAGGGCAUGGACCCGAGCCAGAUGGAUCCCAGUGUGAUGUUUGGUGGCCAGCAGCCGCAGCAGGGCUUCCAAGGCAACUUCGGCCAAGGUGGAUUUGGAGGCUACGACCAGAAUAUGGGCGGGGGCGGGGGCGGCGGCGGAGGGAGAGGUGGUGGCGGGUUUAGGGGAAGGAGAGGGCGGUGGUAG